UCCACCUCCAUCGCCUCCUCCACUUCCCAUCGCCUCAGCCCGUCUCCUCCUCUUCCACCAUCAAUCUUCCCCUCGUUCUCUCGCGCUUUCACUCUCCCGGCCACCGCAUUCUCAAACUACCAGCAGAGAAGAGGGGCUCUUCUUCUAAUCUAAAGCAAGUCUAAAGAGGGGAGAGGAGAGAGGAAGAAGGGCAAUCAUGGCAAAGGAGCAGCUCCAGGUGCUGAACGCUUUGGACGUCGCGAAGACGCAGUGGUAUCACUUCACGGCCAUCGUGAUCGCCGGCAUGGGCUUCUUCACCGACGCCUACGACCUCUUCUGCAUCUCCCUCGUCACCAAGCUCCUCGGCCGCAUCUACUACCACGUCGACGGCUCCCCGACCCCCGGGUCCCUCCCCCCCCACGUCUCCUCUGCCGUCAACGGCGUCGCCUUCUGCGGCACCCUCUCCGGCCAGCUCUUCUUCGGCUGGCUCGGCGACAAGAUGGGCCGCAAGCGCGUCUACGGCAUGACCCUCAUGCUCAUGGUCCUCUGCUCCCUCGCCUCCGGCCUCUCCUUCGGCCACACUCCUAAGUCUGUCAUGGCCACCCUCUGCUUCUUCCGCUUCUGGCUCGGCUUCGGCAUCGGCGGCGACUACCCCCUCUCCGCCACCAUCAUGUCGGAGUACGCCAGCAAGAAGACCCGUGGUGCCUUCAUCGCGGCCGUCUUCGCCAUGCAGGGCAUCGGCAUCCUCGCCGGUGGCAUGGUCGCCAUCGUCGUCUCUGCCGCCUUCAAGAACUACUUCCCUGCCCCCUCCUACGCCGUCGACCCCGUAGCCUCGACCGUCCCCGAGGCCGAUUAUGUCUGGCGCAUAAUUCUCAUCUUUGGCGCCAUCCCGGCGGCCCUCACCUACUACUGGCGGAUGAAGAUGCCCGAGACUGCCCGCUACACCGCCCUCGUCGCCAAGAACGCCAAGCAGGCUGCUGCCGACAUGUCCAAAGUCCUCCAGGUCGAGCUCGAGGAGGAGCAGGCCAAGGUCGAGCAGAUGACCGGCAAACAGGCGAACGCCUUUGGCCUCUUCUCGAAGAAAUUCUUGGCUCGCCAUGGCCUCCACCUCCUCGGCACCACGACCACCUGGUUCCUCCUCGACAUCGCCUUCUACAGCCAGAACCUCUUCCAAAAAGACAUCUUUAGCGCCAUCGGAUGGAUCCCCAAGGCCGCCACCAUGAACGCUCUCGAAGAAGUGUUCAGAAUCGCCAGGGCCCAGACUCUGAUCGCGCUCUGCGGCACUGUCCCGGGGUACUGGUUCACCGUCGGCCUCAUCGACAUCAUCGGCCGGUUCACGAUCCAGAUGAUCGGGUUCUUCAUGAUGACGGCGUUCAUGCUCGGCCUCGCCAUCCCCUACGACCACUGGACCACGCCGGGCAACCACAUUGGCUUCAUCGUCAUGUAUGCGUUCACCUUCUUCUUCGCCAACUUUGGUCCCAACAGCACCACCUUCAUCGUGCCGGCAGAGAUUUUCCCGGCCAGGCUGAGGUCGACGUGCCAUGGGAUCUCAGCGGCGUCGGGGAAGCUUGGUGCGAUCGUGGGCUCGUUCGGGUUUCUGUACUUGGCCCAGAACCGCGACCCGGCCAAAACCGAACAUGGGUACCCUCCCGGCAUCGGCGUCAGGAACUCCCUCUUCUUGCUUGCCGGCUGCAACCUCUUGGGGUUCUUCUUCACCUUCCUGGUGCCCGAGUCGAAGGGGAAGUCUCUAGAGGAGAUGUCUCGGGAGAACGAGGACGAGGGCCCAACAGCAGAAUCUAAUGUCGCUGUCGGUUACACUAGGACCGCCCCUGUGGUCUAGUUGGCUCCAGCAUUCUGUUUUCCUUGUGCCUCCUUCGGCUUGGAAUUUUAGCUCUCAUGGAUCCUAUCAAGAAGCUUGCAAGUGACUUUGUAAUCUAGUUAUGAAAAAAUAUUCUUCGUUGCGGACUGACUGUCUUUUUUUCCUGGUCGUCGUAGAGCUUGCAGAACUAACGAAUGUUGAAGAGCAUCAUCACAAGAAUUUUGUGGGAUGUUACAAUUAAGGCACCUGUAAGCUCUUUCCGUUCCUCCAGUCGACUUCUUUUUGGUGUUAAUCCUGUUCGCGGUUGGUUACUGGUUAAGCUGUACGGUGCAUGUGGAGUUCUUUUGUUGCAAUUGUUUUCUGCUUAUCAUCUGUCUUGCUGUGGAAGGUACAUCCAUAUAUACUGCAAUAAAAAGGUAUUUGGCAUUUUAGUGU